UUCCUUAAUUUUGACAAAGAAAAAAUCACUGUAUAGUUGAGAGUCACUGAUGAACUAAAAAGUCUCUUGUCUCCUCUCUCUUUCUACCCUUGUCUUUCUUGUUUUUACCUUUUUCUUUAGUGCUAAUGAUUUGGUACCCAUAACUUUAUUGACAUCCCUCACAUUCUUAACACUAAAUUUUCCCAAUUGGGUUUUCCAAAAGCAAUAAUCUUUAGCCAUGAAUAAUCCUUACAGAUCUAAACCAAGUAGAGGGCGCACAAAUUUUGCUUCAUGUGUAUGUGCCACAGUAUUCCUCAUGUUUAUCAUUGCAUCCAUUGUAAUCGCUUACUUCUUCCUCUUCAAGCCCAAAUCUCCGAAAAUCGCGGUGGAAGCCGUUAGAUUCCCAACUUUCUCCGUUACUAACGGCACCGUUAACUUCACUUUCUUCCAAUAUGUCUCCGUUACGAACCCAAAUCGUGAUGAAUUCACCCACUAUGACAGCUCGCUUCAGUUAAGUUACUCAGGGGAAGAAGUGGGUCUUGUUUUUAUUCCUGCAGGGAAGAUUGAUGGUGGUAGGACCCAACAUAUGUCUGCCAAAUUUGAUGUUCAGUCUUAUCCACUGCCGGAAAAGCUGAAAGCUGACGUGUCCGGUGGUUUGAUUCCGGCGGUGAACGGUGGGGGACCCACAAUGGAGGUGGAAACUAGGAUGAAGUUGGUGGGGAGAGUUAGGUUGUUGAAAGUGUUUACGCAUAGGGUGGAUAGUGGAGUCAAAUGUGGGGUGAUCAUUCAAGUUAGUAGUGGUAAUGUUUUAGGUGUCCGUUGCUGAUGAUUUACGUUCAAGGUUACGGGUUGGAGUCGUGGAAACAGGCUCUCGCACAAAUGCAUUCAGGGGAAGGCUGCGUAUAAUAUAACAUUGUGGUCCGGCCCUUUCUCGCAACAUGUGCGUAGCGAGAGCUUAGUGCGCCGAGAUUUUUUUUCUCUUUUGCAGAUGUAUUUGUGCUAGAAUUUGGGGGAUGGAAGUGCAAAAAUUGAUGAAGAUUUGUUUUUGUGCUUUGGAUUAUGUAUAUGAUGAUUAUUAUUAAGUUUGUCAAAUUGUAAGAUGUUUUUGUGAACAUUGAAAUGGUCAGAAGACAAUUCCUUUUGGCUACUUCCAGAUUCGUCACUUAUCAUUAUUGUUUUGGGAGUUAGUAAAUGGUAAUUUGCACUUUGUAAUUUGGCUUAA